AUGACCUCCCAUCCCCUAAAGAGGGACAGUUUAACUGUACGUCUGCCUCCUCUAACUCUUCCUGCUGGCUCCACUAACAACAGAUCACCUAAUAGCAAACUGCUGACAUACAGAAGAGGCAAGGAACAACAGAGGUCUCUCAAUGAUAUCAUAAUCAACCAGGCUUUACAAGCUUAUGAAAAAACAAUGGAAGAGAAGAUGAAACGAGUACCCACCCCCCCAGAACCUCAAUUUCCUUCAACUAUGAACAGUGAGCAGAGAAAACUCAGAAUGAAUUACUUAUUUAUGAAGAAAUGCGUUGAGAGUACACCAGUUGUUCCCAUUCAGAAGCAUUGGUUAAACUCAAUACUUUCUCUCAUACACCCAGCUUUGAAGCAGGGGAAGGGCAACCAGGAGAUUAUUAGAGAACUUCUUGAUGAGGUUUCAAAAGACUUUGAAAAAAGCAUGAAAAAAUUUCUUGUGAGAAGUAUUCUUGUAAAACCAGAGGUUAAAGGACUCGAAGAGGAGGAAUCUGGAACCUUAAUUAAGCUACCCCAGGGACAUGACUUCUCUAGCCCGUGGCACCAGAGUUUUGUCCGUGCAAAAAAGGAAAUUGCAAGAAACCUGCACACCCUUCACCCAGUUCUUAGGACAAUGCUGGAUCUAGGCUACACUACAUUUCACAAUCUGGUUAUUGUUGAUCUAUCUGAAUGCAGGUCUAAAGGACCAGCAGAAUGUGAAUCACUAAAAAACACAGUCUCUUUGGCCUGUGUGAAAAUGGAGGAGAAGCUGUUGAAUACUUGGUACCCCAAAGUUAUAAAUCUUUUCACCAACAAGGAGCGCUUCCAAUUCAUUAAACAUGAUACAGCUGAUUCCUUCUACAAUUGUGCGUCAACACUCAUGUCAGUUCAGUUGAGAGAAUUCAUACAGAGAUCUGUGGAGACGUUUGUGAAGUUGUUUGAUAUCAAUGACCAUCAAUUUUUGCCACUGUUUAAAAUGGAGCUAACUUUUGAUGAUGAGAAAAUGGAAUUUUAUCCAACGUUUCAAGAUCUAGAGGAGGCAGUCUUAUCCAUAGUCACUCGGAUAUCACAAACACUGCAGAACGUCCAAAUGGUGCAAUCUUGGCUAAGUGACAGCAAUAACGUUCAGAAUAUUGAAGCUAAACUGCCUGAUCACAUUAUUAAAAAAGCCUAUAUGUCAAUUAGCGAAGCAGUUAAUUACAACUUAGAAGAUCCCAUGGUGCAUUAUAAAGCCUAUGUUGAAAACUAUAGUUGGCUUGUGGAUAGUACAGCCAGCAAACAAGUAGAGAGAUUUCUUGAGGAAGAGCACAGCUUUGAUGAAUACACAGCAUUUAUAGAAAAGUUUCACCAGCUAGCCAAGGAGAUUAUGAAUUUACCAUCACGUGCGCACUUUGCCAUGGUGCAGUUGGACUGUGAUGAUCUGAAGCAGGGUUUGGCUGACAAAGCAAAAAGCUUUGCAAAUAUGUUAUUGGAAAGACUUGUGAGUGAUCAAAGACGUGAGAAUGAAAAGAUCUGCCACGAAUUUGAGAUUAUUAAAGAACGUGCAUUAGUAGCUCCUGAAAACACAGAGGAUAUGAUCGAGAAGAUGACAUAUAUUGAGAAUGUAAAGAUUAAAGAACUUGUACAGCUUAAAACUCGAAUCGCUGAAUGUUGGCGCAGAGUGAAUUACCUUUUAGAUGUUUAUAUGUUUAUUCCUGAAGAUCUUGCACUGAAUUCUGCUGUAUUGUUAUGGCCACAAAAUAUCAACCCUGUGUUUGAUGAUAACGACGAGCUGAUUGAAAAGGCAAAACGCAAAGCAGAGAGUGAAUUACUGGCUAAACGGGAGAAGCUGAUGCUGGAAUUGGAAAAGCUUUCGCGUCGAAUGGAUGAGUUUGCUGAAUGUUCUGAACUGGAUAUGAUGCAGCAGUAUGUAACAGAUGUGAGAACAGUACAAAAGCGUAUAGCAGAUGUUGAGGAAACAGUGGAAUAUAUUAAUAAAGAAGAAGCUCUAUUUAAAUGGGAGCUGUCCACAUAUCCACAACUGGAUUCUCUAAAAGUUAACAUUGAACCCUAUCAGAAAAUCUUUGGGCUCAUUUACAAAUGGCAACGGACUGAGAAGAGGUGGAUGGAUGGAGCUUUCCUGGACCUGAAUGGUGAAAGCUUGGAGGCCGAGGUUGAUGAAUUCUACAGAGAGGUUUACAAAAUGUUGAAAUUCUAUCAGCAAAAGCAAAAGAAAAUAGAUGACGAGAAGAAGAAAGCAGCUCCUCGUAGGUCAUUACUGGAGGAGAAAGUGGAUGAAAAUAAAAAGGAAAAUUCUACAGCUGUAAUGUGUGAUUCUGUGAUGGAAGAGAUCAAAGAUUUUAAGGAAUAUAUUCCACUAGUGAGCAUCCUUUGUAACCCAGGAAUCCGACACCGUCAUUGGAAGCAAAUGUCAGAGAUAGUUGAAUACGAUCUAACUCCUGAUUCUGGUACUUCCCUUAGGAAGGUUUUAAAGCAAAAUCUAACACCUUAUCUGGACAAAUUUGAGCAAAUUAGUGCUGCAGCUACCAAGGAGUUCUCACUGGAGAAAGCAAUGCACACGAUGGAGGAAAACUGGGAUACGAUUUCAUUCAAUACAACCUCAUAUCGAGAGACAGGAAUAUCUAUUUUAUCAGCAGUGGAUGAAAUCCAGACAACUCUAGAUGACCAAAUUAUAAAGACGCAGACGAUGCGGGGAUCACCGUUCAUUAAGCCUUUUGAGGAUAAAAUAAAGGUCUGGGAAGAAAGGCUGAUUCGAAUUCAAGAAACAAUUGACGAGUGGUUGAAGGUUCAAGCUCAGUGGCUUUACUUGGAUCCUAUCUUUUCCUCUGAAGACAUCAUGCAGCAAAUGCCGGAAGAAGGGCGUCUCUUCCAGACAGUCGAUAGAAACUGGAGAGAGAUUAUGAAGCACUGUGUGAAAGACCCAAAGGUCCUAAAUGCCACCUCCUUGACUGGGCUUUUAGAGAAGCUUCAAGACAGUAACUCUCUUCUGGAUAAAAUCAUGAAGGGCUUGAAUGCUUAUCUGGAAAAAAAGAGACUUUUCUUUCCACGCUUUUUCUUCUUAUCAAACGAUGAAAUGCUUGAGAUCUUAUCAGAAACAAAAGAUCCCCUUCGUGUUCAGCCGCAUUUAAAAAAGUGCUUUGAAGGCAUCGCAAAACUGGAAUUCCUUGACAACCUGGAUAUAAAAGCGAUGUACAGCAGCGAGGGGGAGAGGGUGGAACUAAUUCAAACGAUAUCCACUUCAGAAGCUCGAGGUGCAGUUGAAAAAUGGCUUAUUCAAGUGGAAGAUAUUAUGUUGCGCAGUGUUCGUGAUGUUAUAGCUCGAUCAAGAUUGGCCUAUCCGCAAGUAUUAAGGAAAGACUGGGUGAGAGAAUGGCCGGGACAAGUUGUGCUCUGUGUCUCUCAAAUGUAUUGGACCAGCGAGGUUCAAGAAGCCAUCAGUAGUGGGCCAGAGGGUCUCAAGAAUUACUAUCAGAAACUUCAACUUCAGCUUAAUGAUAUUGUUGAACUUGUAAGAGGAAAACUGCCCAAGCAAACGAGAACUACGCUGGGUGCUUUGGUGACUAUUGACGUACACGCUCGGGAUGUUGUUAUGGAAAUGAUAGAAUCAGGUGUAUCACAUGAGACAGACUUCCAAUGGCUGGCACAGCUGCGGUACUACUGGGAGAAUGAGAAUGCCCGUGUGCGCAUCAUUAACUGCAAUGUCAAAUAUGCCUAUGAGUAUCUGGGAAAUUCACCGCGACUUGUUAUAACGCCUCUCACAGACCGAUGUUACCGAACUUUGAUUGGAGCCUUCUAUUUAAAUCUUGGAGGAGCACCAGAGGGUCCUGCCGGCACAGGAAAAACCGAGACCACUAAAGAUUUGGCCAAAGCUUUAGCUGUUCAGUGUGUUGUUUUUAACUGCUCUGAUGGGCUGGAUUACAUAGCAAUGUCAAAGUUUUUCAAGGGCUUAGCUUCCUCCGGUGCAUGGGCUUGUUUUGAUGAGUUUAAUCGUAUUGAGCUGGAGGUGCUGUCGGUUGUGGCUCAGCAGAUACUAUGUAUUCAGAGAGCAAUCCAGAUGAAAAUGGAACUGUUCAACUUUGAAGGGACGGAACUGAAGUUAAAUCCCAACUGCUUUGUAGCCAUCACCAUGAACCCAGGUUACGCAGGACGUUCUGAGCUGCCAGACAACCUCAAGGUUCUUUUCCGGACCGUGGCAAUGAUGGUUCCCAAUUAUGCUUUGAUAGCGGAAAUCUCCCUAUACUCCUAUGGGUUCCUUCAUGCUAAGCCUUUAUCUGUGAAGAUUGUUAUGACCUACAGGCUGUGUUCCGAACAGCUUUCUUCUCAGUUCCAUUACGAUUAUGGAAUGCGGGCGGUAAAGGCCGUUCUUGUAGCUGCGGGCAACUUGAAACUGAAAUUCCCAAAUGAAAACGAGGAUAUACUUCUUCUUAGGUCAAUAAAGGAUGUAAAUGAACCAAAGUUUUUGUCACAUGACAUUCCUCUAUUUAAUGGCAUCACCAGCGAUCUAUUUCCAGGCAUUACACUUCCUAUAGCAGACUACAAAGAUUUGCUGGAGUGCGCACAUCAGUGCUGCAGUAAACACAACGUACAGCCGGUGAAUGUGUUUUUAGAGAAGAUGAUACAGACUUAUGAAAUGAUGAUUGUCCGACAUGGUUUUAUGCUGGUGGGAGAGUCAUAUUCAGGCAAAACCAAGGUUCUCCGUGUCCUGGCAGAUACAUUAUCACUUAUGAAUGAAAGAGGCUGUGAAGAGGAAAAGGUGAUAUACAGAACAGUCAAUCCCAAAUCCAUCACUAUGGGGCAGCUUUUUGGGCAAUUUGAUCCGGUAUCACAUGAGUGGACUGAUGGUAUCGUUGCCAACACUUUCCGUGAAUUUGCUCUGUCCGAGAGCCCAGAGCGUAAAUGGGUUGUAUUUGAUGGACCUAUUGAUACAUUGUGGAUCGAAAGCAUGAAUACUGUAUUAGAUGAUAACAAGAAGCUUUGCUUGAUGAGCGGUGAAAUCAUACAGAUGUCUCCUCAGAUGAGCCUGAUCUUUGAAGCAAUGGAUCUAUCCCAGGCCUCGCCUGCAACCGUAAGUCGCUGUGGUAUGAUCUACCUAGAGCCUCAGCAACUAGGCUGGAUGCCGCUUGUGCAAUCUUGGCUUUAUACGCUCCCACAGGCCCUGAGAGCAAAGGAACAUCUAGCUCUUCUUGACGGUCUGUUUCAAUGGCUGAUCCAGCCUUCCUUAAGGUUUCUACGUAAACAGUGCAAGGAACUUGUCUCUACGAGUGAUAGUAAUGUUGUGGUGUCACUCACUCGACUCUUUGGAAUGCUUCUUUUUGACAUAGUAGAAGAAGACCCAACAAAUAAAAACAUUCGCACCUGGGUUAUGGCUUGCUUUGCUUUUUCCAUUGUUUGGUCCAUUGGGGGCUGUUGUGACUCAGAUAGUCGAAUCAAGUUUGAUGCUUUUCUCAAAGAAAUUCUAUCAGGAAAAUCCCAAGAACAUCGCCUUCCGGCUGGAGUAGGAAAGUGGGAAUGUCCCUUUGAUGAUAAAGGCUUGGUGUAUGAUUAUGUGUAUGAGCUUAAAGGCCGAGGGCGAUGGGUUCAUUGGAACGAGUCUAUUAAAAACACAGCUAUAGGAGACAAGAAUACGAAAAUUCAAGACAUUAUUGUUCCGACUAUGGACACUGUCAGAUAUACCUACCUCAUGGAUAUGUGUAUCAGACAUGCAAUGCCGUUGUUAUUUGUAGGACCAACUGGCACUGGAAAAUCUGUUUAUGUGAAGGACAAGUUAAUGAACAACUUAGACAGAGAUAAAUUCUUUCCUUUCUUCAUUAAUUUCUCUGCACGCACCAGUGCCAAUCAGAUCCAGAACAUUGUUAUGGACAGACUAGAUAAAAGACGUAAAGGAGUUUUUGGACCACCAGUGGGUAAAAAAUGUAUAAUUUUUGUUGAUGAUAUGAACAUGCCAGCCUUGGAAAAAUAUGGAGCGCAACCACCCAUUGAAUUGUUGAGGCAGUUCUUUGACCACGGAAACUGGUAUGACUUGAAAGAUACUACUAAAAUCAGUCUGGUUGAUGUGCAGCUGAUCGCAGCAAUGGGUCCCCCUGGUGGUGGGAGGAAUGCAGUUACACCUCGUUUUUUGCGCCACUUUAAUAUAUGCACCAUUAACGCAUUCAGUGAUGAGACUAUGGUUCGCAUUUUUUCUACUGUUGUUGCUUUCUACCUUAGAAACAAUGAAUUCUCACCUGAAUUCUUUUCUCUUGGCAACCAAAUUGUUAAUGGAACUAUGGAGGUGUAUAAGAAAGCAAUGGAAAACCUCUUACCUACGCCAACAAAAUCACAUUACACAUUCAAUCUCCGUGAUUUCUCACGUGUUAUACAAGGUUGCUUACUUGUCAAGAAAGAGUCUGUUGAGCACAAGCGUGUGAUGGUGCGUCUUUUUGUUCAUGAAGUGCUUCGAGUGUUUUAUGACCGCUUGGUAGACGACAAAGAUAGAUCCUGGGUUUUUAGACUAAUCAAAGACAUUAUUAAAGAGCAUUUCAAGGAAAAUUUUGAAUCAGUUUUUGAGCAUCUAAAACAAGGAAAUGAAGCGCUUUCUGAAGAAGAUAUCAGAAAUUUAUUGUUUGGAGACUACAUGAAUCCCGACCUAGAAGGAGAUGAGAGACUGUAUGCAGAAAUACCCAGUGUGCAGCAAUUCAGUGAUGUUGUAGAGCGCUGCUUGGAAGAAUAUAACCAAACUCACAAAACCAGGAUGAACCUUGUUAUUUUCAGAUAUGUUUUAGAACAUUUGUCUCGCAUUUGCCGCAUCCUGAAGCAACCAGGGGGCAACGCAUUGUUGGUUGGAGUUGGAGGAAGUGGACGGCAGUCAAUGACCCGCUUGGCCACUGCAAUGGCAAAAAUGAAUAUUUUCCAACCAGAGAUCUCGAAGAGCUAUGGAAUGAACGAGUGGAGAGAAGACCUGAAGGGUCUCUUGAGGAACGCUGGCGCAAAAGGUCAGAAAACCGUAUUUCUCAUCACAGAUACGCAGAUAAAAGAUGAAGCUUUUCUGGAGGACGUAGAUAGUUUACUCAACACCGGAGAGGUACCUAAUCUAUUUGCAGCAGAUGAAAAGCAGGAAAUAAUGGAGGGUGUUCGCACAGUUGCACAGGCUGGAAAUAAAAACGCGGAGCUCAGUCCUUUGGCUUUGUACGCCUUUUUCGUGAAUCGUUGUAAAGAAAACCUCCACAUAGUCGUUGCCUUUAGCCCUAUAGGAGAAGCUUUCCGCAAUCGUCUGCGACAGUUCCCUUCUCUCAUCAACUGCUGCACUAUUGACUGGUUCCAGCCUUGGCCUGAAGAUGCCCUGGAGCGGGUAGCUGUUAAAUUCCUGGAGACCCUGGAAAUGACAAGUAAUGAACAUCAAGAAGUUGUACCAAUCUGUAAACACUUUCACACUUCAGCUAUAGCUCUGUCAGACAAGUUUUUGAAAGACUUAGGAAGACAUAAUUAUGUGACUCCUACUUCCUAUCUAGAACUUAUAGCAGCUUUCCGACAGCUUUUAUCUCAAAAGCGUGAUACUGUGAUGAAGGCAAAAAAGAGAUACACUAACGGUUUGGAUAAACUGGCUUUUGCUGAAUCUCAGGUAGGCGAAAUGAAGAAAGAACUUGUUGAAUUGCAGCCUAAACUGGAAGAAGCCAAAGUGGAAAAUGCCGCUAUUAUGAAGGUGUUAGAAAAAGAUUCUGCGACAGUGGAAGCAAAGAGUAAAACAGUUCGUAUUGAUGAAGAAAUAGCCACACAAAAAGCAGAGGAAGCCCAAUCACUGAAAAAUGAGUGUGAGAGUGACCUAGCUGAGGCUAUUCCAGCUUUAGAGGCAGCUCUGUCUGCACUAGAUACUUUAAAGCCGGCUGAUGUCACUAUUGUAAAGUCUAUGAAGAAUCCUCCAUCUGGUGUAAAGCUGGUUAUGUCUGCUGUAUGUGUCAUGAAGGACAUCAAGCCCGAAAAGAUAAAUGAUCCUGCAGGAACUGGACAGAGGAUAUUGGAUUACUGGGGACCAAGUAAGAAACUACUGGGCGACAUGAAUUUUCUACGAGACCUCAAGGUCUAUGAUAAGGAUAAUAUUCCAGUGGCUGUAAUGCAAAAAAUCCGAAGCGAAUACAUCACUAACCCAGAUUUUGAUCCAGCCAAAGUGGCCAAAGCUUCCUCUGCGGCCGAGGGAUUGUGUAAAUGGAUUCUUGCCAUGGAAGUGUAUGACAGAGUUGCAAAGGUGGUUGCUCCUAAGAAAGCAAGUCUUGCCGAGGCACAACGUUCUUUGUCUGAAACAAUGGCGCUUCUAGAAGAGAAGAGAUCUGAGCUUAGAGUUCUGGAAGAACGUUUGGCUUCACUUGAAAAAACUUUUCAUGAUAAAACUGAAGAGAAAAUUCGACUGGAGUUUCAAGUAGAUUUGUGUGCCAAGAAGCUAGAAAGAGCUGAGAAGCUGAUAGGAGGUCUCGGGGGUGAAAAAUCCAGAUGGUCCAGUGCUGCAGACUCCCUUCAGAAUACAUACGAUAAUUUGACUGGGGAUGUUCUGGUGUCAGCAGGAGUGAUCGCUUAUCUGGGAGCCUUUACUGCUGGCUUCAGACAGGAGUGCACUAAAGACUGGAGCAAAUUGUGCAAGAGCAAAUCUAUACCUUGUUCUGAAGAUUUCUCCUUGAGCAAGACUCUCGGGGACCCAAUUAAGAUCCGUGCCUGGAAUAUUGCGGGAUUACCAACAGACAGCUUCUCUAUAGAUAACGGCGUGAUUGUGAGCAACUCUCGGCGAUGGCCUUUAAUGAUAGACCCACAGGGUCAAGCGAACAAGUGGAUAAAAAAUUCUGAAAAAGACAACCAGCUGAGUGUGAUUAAGUUUACAGAUGCUGAUUAUAUGCGUACGCUGGAAAACUGUAUCCAGUUUGGUACCCCACUUCUUCUUGAAAACGUGGGUGAAGAAAUAGACCCUUCGUUAGAGCCCUUACUACUAAAACAGACAUUUAAACAAGGGGGUGUUGACUGCAUCAGGCUUGGAGAAACAGUUAUUGAAUAUUCCAGGGAUUUUAGGUUCUACAUUACAACAAAGCUUAGAAAUCCACAUUAUCUGCCGGAAUUAGCAACAAAGGUUUCACUACUCAACUUUAUGAUUACUCCAGAAGGCCUUGAAGACCAGUUACUGGGUAUCGUUGUGGCAAAAGAGAGACCAGAGCUUGAAGAGGAGAGAAACGCACUUAUCCUACAAUCUGCAGCCAAUAAAAAACAACUCAAAGAGAUAGAGGAUAAAAUACUCGAAACAUUACAAUCCUCAGAAGGGAAUAUUUUGGAAGAUGAAAGCGCCAUUCAGAUAUUGGACUCGGCAAAAAUCAUGUCCAAUGAGAUUUCUAAAAAGCAACAGAUUGCAGAGAAUACGGAAGUGAAAAUAGCACAAUCCAGAGAAGGCUACAGAUCAAUUGCUAAGCACUCCUCUGUACUGUUCUUCAGUAUUGCUGAUUUGGCUAACAUUGAUCCCAUGUACCAGUACUCACUCAACUGGUUUGUUAAUCUUUAUAUCAACUCAAUCCAAGACAGCAACAAAUCUAAAAUCUUGGAGAAACGCCUCCGUUACUUGAACGAUCAUUUCACGUAUAAUCUAUACUGCAACGUCUGCCGCUCCCUGUUUGAAAAGGACAAGUUGCUUUUCUCAUUCUUACUGUGCUGCAACCUCCUCAUGGCAAAGAAAGAGAUCGAUAUGCAGGAAUUCAUGUUUCUGUUAACUGGAGGUGUUGGGCUACAAAAUAAUGUUGCAAACCCAGCCCCAUCAUGGCUUCCAGAUAAGAGCUGGGAUGAGAUUUGUCGUGCAAGUGAUUUGUCUUCAUUUAAAGGCUUGAGGGAACACUUCCGUGAAAAACCAGAUGAAUGGUAUUCAAUAUAUGAUAGCAAAGAGCCACAUAAUGUUCCUUUGCCAAUACCAUUCUGUGAAAAACUGAAUGAUUUGCAGAAGAUGAUUAUCCUACGCUGCCUCCGGCCAGAUAAGAUAAGUCCUGCGGUUACAAACUUUGUGACUGAUAAACUGGGAAAAAAAUUUGUGGAGCCCCCACCAUUCGACUUGUCAAAGAGUUAUGUGGAUUCUAAUUGUACCAUACCUCUGGUCUUUGUAUUAUCACCAGGCGCUGAUCCGAUGGCGAGUUUACUGAAAUUUGCCAAUGACAAAUGCAUGGGAGGAGAUAAAUUUCAAGCUAUCUCCUUGGGUCAAGGACAAGGCCCGAUUGCUACAAAAAUGAUAAAAGAGGCAUUGGCUGGGGGAACAUGGGUUUGUCUCCAAAACUGCCACCUGGCUGUGUCCUGGAUGCCGACCUUAGAGAAGAUUUGUGAAGAGUUUAACAGUGAUACGUGCCACCCAGACUUCAGACUCUGGCUCACCAGUUAUCCAUCACCAAAGUUUCCUGUAACCAUUCUUCAAAAUGGAGUGAAAAUGACAAAUGAGCCACCGACUGGGUUGCGAUUAAACCUCCUUCAGUCGUAUCUGUCAGACCCCAUCUCUGAUUCUGACUUCUUCAAUAGAUGCAGUGGGAAAGAACAGGUAUGGGAGAAACUCCUUUUUGGAGUUUGUUUCUUUCAUGCUCUUGUCCAAGAAAGAAAGAAGUUUGGUCCCCUUGGUUGGAAUAUUCCUUAUGGUUUUAAUGAAUCAGACCUGCGCAUAAGCAUUCGCCAACUGCAGCUAUUUGUAAAAGAUUAUGACCAGGUUCCAUUUGAAGCUAUAUCAUACCUCACUGGAGAAUGCAACUAUGGAGGACGUGUGACAGAUGACUGGGACAGGCGUCUCCUGCUGACUACGCUAGCAGAUUUUUACAAUAGCGACAUUGUAGAAAAUCCACGUUAUUCCUUCUCUCCCAGUGGUAACUACAUGGCUCCACCAAAAGGGACCUACGAAGAUUACAUUGAAUUCAUCAAGAGAUUACCGUUCAGCCAACAUCCCGAGGUGUUUGGGUUACAUGAAAAUGUGGAUAUUUCCAAAGACUUACAACAAACCAAAGUCAUUUUUGAGUCUUUGCUGCUCACUCAGGGAGGAGGUAGACAAGGAGGAGCAUCUGGCGCUAGUGACCAAACACUCUAUGAGAUUGCAAAUGACAUUCUCAGCAAGCUGCCAAAAGAUUUUGACAUUGAAGCUGCGCUUGAGAAAUAUCCUGUGCGUUAUGAGGAAAGUAUGAACACUGUGCUCGUGCAAGAAAUGGAGAGGUUUAACAACUUAAUUCGUACAAUCCGUACAACAUUACAGAACUUGCAGAAGGCUAUCAAGGGUCUAGUGGUUAUGGACUCAGAGCUGGAGGCUCUUUCUAGCAGUUUAAUUGUUGGAAAAGUUCCUGAAACCUGGGCAAAGCGCUCCUAUCCCAGUCUAAAGCCACUUGGAACUUAUGUCACCGAUUUCUUGGCAAGGCUGAAGUUCCUGCAGAACUGGUUUGAUUUUGGAAAACCCAUUGUUUUCUGGCUUUCUGGCUUCUUCUUUACACAAGCGUUUUUAACUGGAGCAAUGCAGAAUUACGCAAGAAAAUACAGAAUUCCCAUCGACCUACUGGGAUAUGAAUUUAAGGUCCUGCCCAUUGAUACAUCUGAUUCCUCACCUGAUGAUGGAGUUUAUAUUAAUGGAUUAUUUUUAGAUGGUGCUCGCUGGGAUAGAGAGAGAGGCGUGCUGGCCGAACAGUAUCCCAAAAUGCUUUUUGACUCUGUGCCCAUCAUAUGGAUAAAACCAAAUAAAAAGUCAGACAUAAAGAAGUCCAAAUCCUAUGUGUGCCCACUAUACAAGACGAGUGAACGCAAGGGCACCCUGUCUACAACUGGGCAUUCAACUAACUUCGUCAUUGCUAUGCUGCUUCCAACUGAUAAACCUGUACAACACUGGAUCAAGCGAGGUGUGGCUCUCCUAUGCCAACUGGAUGACUAAUUUAUUUGUUCCUCUACAUCUGCCUUUUGUUCUGGAAUUAAAAUGUUGACACUUAUGGAUCCACAAACAAUAAAUCCAGAUCUUUUAACAAUACUUACUUUAACUUAUAAAUACAAUUGUUCUCCUUUAUUAACAAUAUGGCUUUCAGUAUUCUACCUACACACACCAUCAUAAGGUCUUUAUGUAUU